GUUGACUUUUCGUUAAUUUUUCGUGAUUUUUCGCUAACGAAAAGUUAACAUGAGUUAACAAAAAGCUAAAAAGCUUUUUAUUAACUCAUGUUAACUUUUCGUUAACUUUUUUAAACUUUUAAUUUUGACAAACGACUGUCAUUUAUUUGGUAAAUUUAUUAUAAACAUUCUUAUAUUUAUUUUGAGUUAAAUUUGGCUAUGUGGAAGCGUAAAACUUUAGUGACUAUUGAAGAAUAGGGAUUAUAAUUGAAAAAAAAAAUGAAAUGAGUGAAUAAAAAUGAGAAUUCUCAAAAUAUGGGAACGAGUAAUACUAACAAAUUCAGUGAUUGUUCGCCGAAGGAAUUUCAGCGUUCGUGCGAAGUUAUACGGUAUUCAUAAAAUACCGGAACGAUUAAAAGACGUCGGUGAAUCGAAUGAUCCAAAUUUUUCCCAUAUGAUUGAAUAUCAUUUUCAUAAGGCGGUGGAAAAAAUGGAAGAUUCCUUCUUAAGAGAGCUGGCGAAAAAUUCUGAUACAACAAACGAAGAGAGACAAAAGCAUUUCAAGGGGAUUAUCAAUAUAAUGUCCAAUUGUCAAACAGUCAUUGAACUUAAUUUUCCAAUUCGAAGGGAUAAUGGAGAGUAUGAGAUUAUUACUGGAUUUCGAGCUCAUCACAAUUCACACUGGUUGCCGAUGAAAGGAGGUAUGCGAUUUGCAGCGGAUGUAACGAUAGAUGAAGUCAAAGCUUUGGCAUCGUUAAUGACGUUCAAAUGCGCGUGUAACAAUAUUCCGUUCGGAGGGGCGAAAGCUGGUAUUGUAAUUGAUCCAAAAAAAUAUUCUAGACAAGAAUUGGAAAAAAUAACGAGGCGAUUUACUUUGGAAUUGGCGAAGAAAAAUAUGAUUGGUCCAGCGAUUGAUGUUCCGGCUCCCGAUGUUAAUACCGGAUCUCGAGAAAUGUCCUGGAUGGCUGACACCUACGCAAAAUUCUUUGAAACAAACAAUAUAAACGCUCGCGCUGUCUGUACUGGAAAGCCAAUCAAUCAAGGUGGAGUGCAAGGAAGAACGGAAGCGACAGGUUUCGGUAUUUACUUUGCAGUGCUAAAUUUUAUAUCCGAAGAGAAGUGGAUGUCUAAAAUUGGCCUCAGCACGGGAUUUAAGGGCAAAACCUUCAUCCUUCAGGGUUUUGGAAAUGUGGGACAAUUUGCAGCUCGCUAUUUUGUAAAGGCCGGAGCAAUAUUAAUUGGAGUUAUUCUUCGUAAUUUAUCGCUUUACAAUUCAAAAGGCAUCGAUCCAGAAGCAUUAAGUAAACACAUGAAUGGAAAAAAAAAUGCUGAGAAUUUCGGUGGUGCGGAAAUAUACAAGAAGGGCAAUUUGAUGUAUGAGAAAUGUGAUAUUUUUGUUCCGGCUGCUGCUGAGAAAUUGGUCAAGAAAAAAGACGCUGAACACAUUCAAGCUAAAAUUAUCGCUGAGGGAGCAAAUGGACCUUGCACACCGGCUGCAGAUAAAGUUUUUCAAGAGAGGAAUAUUUUAGUCAUUCCAGACUUAUAUAUGAGUGCAGGAGGUGUCACAGUAUCAUAUUUCGAAUGGUUGAAAAAUAUAAGUCACGUUUCAUUUGGAAGACUUCAUUUCAAGUAUGAACGGGAAUCAAGUUUCUAUAUUCUAGAUUCAAUUGAGAAAUCAUUGAGGGAGAAAUUAGGAGAUAUAAAAAUUAAGCCAACUGAAGGACUGGAGAAAAGAAUAAUUGGAGCCACUGAAAAAGAUAUUGUUUAUAGUGGUUUGGAUCAUUCAAUGGAACUUACUGCAUAUGUAAUUAUGUAUCAUGAAACAGGCUGAAGAUCUUAAUUUGUGCUUGGAUAUUAGACAAGCUGCAUAUUGUUAUGCAAUUUCAAAAAUUUUUAAAACCUAUGAAACAGAUGGACUUACUUUUGAAAUGUAAAUGUUUUAAAUUAACGAAUAUGCGGCACUUUAAUGUAAAAC